AUGGUUCCCGCUAUGAAAUAUUACAAGAACCGCGUUGCGAAACUUAGCGACCCAUUUUUGGAAACCGACCAAGAUGAGAUAAAUGUCUUUAUUUAUGAACCAUUAUCCGGUAAAGCAGCAGAACAAUAUCCUUUCGCCUGUAAAAUGAUGGGCGAUUUUACGACGAAUAUAACUAGGCUCACAGACGAAAUGAAUGCUGAUUCAGUGUGUCCGAAUAUUAAUUCAAUGAUAGAUAUUACUAUUACAAUUCCAAAACUUCAUGAGCCCAAUGCUAUGAUAGAAAUGGAGAGAAACAUGAAAAUCACAAAGGAGAUUAAUCGUAUUCCAAAUAUGGACAAAAUUGUUUAUUGUGUGGAUGAAAAUCUUUCCGAUAGUGAGCAUUUGGGCCUUGUUAUUGAAUAUCUUACGAGUGAACAGUGCUUAAUCUUGGCAAUAUUUUGUGAUGGUGAAAACAAUGAUACCCUGCAAAUUCUUGGCAAGUUUAGAAAAAAACUUCGUUCUCUAAAUUCAUAUGACACUACGAAAAGGUGGCUACUAUGUGAGCUCGCUAUUUGGAAUUGGGAGGAUGGCACCUGUGUCGAUAUUCGGAUUGAUCAAAAUUAUCGUCACACUAAGAUAAAGUCUUUUCAACCAAGUUUCACGGAUGGGAGGCUACUCUUCUGUUCCGGUCAAUAUCCAUGUAUUGUUGUGAUGCACGCUAUGCAACUCUCUAACCUUUACGUUCUUUCCUCAAAUUCUCAUCCUAAUUGGAUACAGGAUUUUUCACUUUUCACUCAUACCCACCUUCAGCAGGAAGUAGUUCUUGGUGUUUCCAAUUCCGCAGUUGUCACGGUGUGGACACUAACAGGGAAGGAGACACUUAACUCAACUAACUUCGAGCACGAAUCGAGAGUGGUUGACACAAAGUCGAAUGUUCUUCAAAUUCAUUGCUGUCAGCAGCUGCCUCGUCUUGUUCUUCUCAUUUGCACUGAUGAGUGGAGGAUUCUGGAUGCUUAUGAUUGUUCGACACUGACCCUGCAAAAAACGUCCAGUGAGAUGGAGAAGUUUACGGGGGGAAGUUUUUUCAAUCGCGAUUACAUCGCCAUAUUCACCGCUGCUGGCGAAGGCCUAAUUUAUCGUCUCUCGAAAGACAUCUUUUCGAAGGUAGGAAGCGGUAUCCAGUCUCCAAGUUCGAAAACUGAAUUGGUUAUAAGGCUGAAAAUGCAUGAUGAGCCGCAUUUAACGAGGCCAAUUAGAUCUCUUUUCCAAUACGUGCCUGUAUCAAAAGUAUCGAAAUCAAGUCUAUUUCGUAUCGGUGCUUCUGAGAACUCUAUUGCUGCCUUCAUAUGCCCCCGGUCUGACGCUCGAAUUUGUGCUUGGAGUUUGACUACCGAUCAUUUAAUCGAACCGGAUGAGUACGUUUUGGAGUUGCAGCCUUUCAUGCAGACAAAGCUCUCGGAAUGUUGGCUAGACAUCGCCAAAAAUCUUCCCAAUGAGCCUGGAUUUUUCAAUCCUACCAAUUCCCCCGACGAAGUGGUGACCUGCUGUAUUCUAGCUUAUCUCUCGACCAAAGUCGAGCGCAAGGCCCUUCCUCCACUCCUAAUUCGUGGUACUUCAAACGGAGAUAUCAUUAUUUCCUCUCCUUCAAAUGACCCUAUUCAUCGAUUUAAAGCACACAAAGGCGCUCUGCUGAGCCUUCUCCAUCCCUUCUCCUUCGGUAUGCACCGAGGUGACUUCUCGCCUGGCAUUUUGUUGUCGGGUGGUGAGGACUUCGCUGUUAGGAUGUGGGACUUGGAGGAAAUUUUGAAUAGAGAAGAACCAGAAAUCAUACCUCUAGGUACAUUUUACAAUCAUGUUGGGCCUAUAAUCGGCCUUACGUUCCACGGAGGACACAGGAAGGAGAUUGUCAAAUUUGGCGAUAUUGCUCCUCAAGGCACCGUGCCAUGUUCACGUAGUUAUCAUCUUGUUGUUUUGACUGUCGCUGAUGAUGGAACAGUGAGUAUCAUUUCUCCAAACUCCAAACGCACCAUUAUUGUGGCAAGAACCGCUUCUGGUGGUUCCGCCAACACUCCUGGAACUGUUCAUGCUGUCAGCUGGCGACUGGCCGAAAUGAUGCUCCUGGUUCUCGCUACCGAUGGCUCAUUGGCUAUUUGGGACAUUCACACUGGCCAAUUGGAACGGAUUGAAACUGGUCCCACAGCAAUGAGGCUCUUUAACACAGGCUCCGAUCUCUUUGUAAUUGGAUCUCGUCCCCCUUCCACUCCCCUGAUGGCCUUCAAUCCAAUUAACCAGAGUGCUUCGGCUGCCAGUGUUGUUCAUCACACUGCCCCCGCACGGCUAAUGCCUAGAAAUCUAGGUGGUGGUGGUGGUGGUGGUGGUGCCGAAAAGACCUUCCUCCCUCCCCUCCUACUCCAGAGUGUUGGAGCUAAUUUGUCUGGUGGACCUGCUGCAUUUGUAUUUCACUUCGAUCCUGAGGCUAUCAUCAAUAACAUUCUAACUUCUGCCAUUAAUCCAAAGGAUGAGAAUAAGGGGGUUGUUAAAAAUCCACUAAGCCUUCGAGAUUGUGGAAGUAUUCUUAAAUACCUGCUCUCUGUGAUAUAUCCGUGGUCAAAUAGUGAACACGCUGGGCUUAUGCUAGAGGCCUUACAAUUGCCAAAGUGCCCUCGGAGACCACUUUAUGGAUGUCUUUCAAUUGCUGGAUUUCUUGCUCUACAGUUUCCAAAUUCAAACGUUGAGAGCAUCGCUCCCACUAUUGAUGAUUGUCGUUCCUCGAAGAUUGCUACGAUUAAUCAGCUUGUUCAACUCGCUAUUGCUGAUGCUUUAAGUUGUUCACCCGCUGAUAGAUUGUCGGAAAUAUUCCCUGCUUUAACUGCUCCAAUUGAAACCCUUCUCCAGCAAUCAAUACUUUCUCCCUCCUCUGUUGGUCUUCUGCGUCAAUUGAGGCUUCAUUCCCUCAUUGCUAGAUGGCAGACUAAGUGUAUUCACAUUCGUCAUAGCGCUAGAACUCUAACCUUUGCAUAUCUGGAUCAUCUUUCUGCCGAAGAACGUCGAGCCCUGGCCGAUCAAUGGUCGGUCUAUCUUCCUGAAUCGAAUCACCACGCGGUAGAAUCAAAUUCCAACGAGUGCAAUCAUCAUUCUGAAGAGAAUCCACCUAGCCAUGGCUCAACCGAUUCACGGAUCGCUUUAGAUUGUUGUGAAAAAGAAGAUCUGCUGAAGUUUUCAAUCAAGCUUGAAAAUGGAAUCUACGAUUCAUUUGCCUCUGGGCCAUCGAAAUCCCUCACUGCAUCGUCGAUUCAUCAUUAUCGCAUUGUUAAUUGUGCAAUUCUAACCCUCGCUGCGUUGGUAAUACGAUCCGAAUCGCCUCACCUCAAUCCCUCCUUAGCUGCUCGUGACUUGUGCGUUGAGUUAAAUUAUCCCUCAACCUCGCACGCCGCUUCUUUGUCGCCAUAUUAUGACUCUGUCCCUCCCGACGUUAAGAUCGCUUCCUCGCUAUUGAACGAGGAAGUGCUUCGCAAUCUCGCUUAUGCUCUGCUGCGCUAUCUGGAGAUGGAUACAUUGUCUUAUCUGAAACAACCGUCAACUGCUCAAACGUCGCCUCUGCGUCGUACUGCAAUCGAUUUUCUUGGUAGAGGAAUUCUACUCUGGGAACCCUAUUUGGAUGUCUUUCGUCUACUAAAUUCCCUACUCUCACCGAUUGCUGAUGAACCGAAGGAGUUGGAUGACCUCCAACCAGGUGAAGUAUACAAUGAACAACAAGAUGUCGCUAGAGCAUGUCGUCAGGCUCUCUGGAAGUUAGCAUUUACUCGUCCGCAUCUUGUCAUUUUGACACUUUCGCUUAUGCUUCGUAGACUCGGUCCUCACACCCUGAAUGCCAUGUUCUCUGCUGCUGCUGCUUCUGCGAAUGCGACUGGGGUUGGUGGUGGAGAUGGUUCGCAAAAAAUUCUACGAGUUGUUGUAUCUUCUCCUGCACUGGCUGCACCAAUAUUAGGUGCAGACUCUUUGCCUAAAGCUCAGGGUCUCAAUCCGCAGAUCACCAAUCAACUUGCUGCGCCUGGUAUGAAACACGAUAACAACGUGAAUCCUCAUAUUCCGAGCUAUGUUAUUCCCCUUAUUCGUGCGGCACCUGAGAUGCUUCGAGUUUUGACAGAGUUGACAAGUCGUCGGGGCCUUGAAAUGACGCCCAUUCUUCCCGAAUUAGUGGAAGUAGUGCUGGUUUGCGUCAAUCGAACCAAGCUCAAAGAACGAGGGCUUAAUUUCGUGUUUCCCAUUCUUCAACAAUUCCAUUCGGUGGAUAGCCAUACUCGAGCUCAGAAGGUGUGCGUUGGUGGAUAUAAUGGCAAACUGAUAUUCUUUGACUUCAAAAAUGGUCGCUAUCAUACUGUUGAUAGCGCACACAAAGCGCCAGUUACUGCAGUUUGUUUUAGCUCUGAUGGACGUCAAGUGGCGUCCUAUUCAAUACUGGAAAAUGUGAUGAAAACUUGGCAGCUCUCCUCUACUGGUUUGUUUGGAAUUGGCGCACAACACGUUAAGCCACUAAACGCCUAUCCAAUAAGACCUUUCCAGUGUCCAGGUGGAACAACUGGAACUACUCCCAACCCCUCGGAUAUUGUGUUGUCAUGGCCUGAGAUGGGGGUUGUUAAUAUUUUUCAUUCCGACGUUCUUAUUCGAUCUGUACCUCUUUCCAACUAA